GCUUAUUCGUGUGAAUGCGGUGUGGAAGGCUGCUGGUGGUGGGGGCGUCUGCGACAGAAAAAUAGGAAUAUUGUAUUACUUAAACAGUACAGUUUGUGAUUCAUUCAAAACUAAAAAAUUGUAAAAGACACCAUCUGGUGUAUUUAAACGUCCAUUGUUCAGCUGAAUUACUUUUGCCUGGCGUUAUUUUUUCCACGGGUGGUGCAGUCUGGAGUGUCGCCGUUUCUCCCUGGAGCCAACACUAAGGGGGACUCCAUGAAAGAUGACAGAGGAGGUGAUUGUUGUAGCCAAGUGGGACUACACUGCCCAGCAGGACCAGGAACUUGACAUUCGAAAAAACGAGCGUCUUUUCCUGCUGGACGACUCCAAAACGUGGUGGCGUGUCCGCAACGCUGCCAACCAGACAGGCUACGUGCCGUCCAACUAUGUGGAGCGCAAGAACAGCCUGAAGAAAGGCUCACUGGUGAAGAAUAUCAAGGACACACUAGGUUUGGGAAAAACAAAAAGGAAAACAAGUGCCCGUGAUGCUUCGCCUACGCCGAGUUCUGACACGGAAUACCCCACCAACGGUGGCGGCGGGAUGGGAGGAGGAGGCGGAGGAGGAGCGGCCGAGAGAAUCAACGACCUCAACAUCCCUGCCGUGGUCAAAUUCGCCUACACAGCGGAGAGGGACGAUGAGCUGACCUUAAUGAAGGGCUCCCGGGUGGUGGUGAUGGAGAAGUGCAGCGACGGGUGGUGGCGAGGCAGCCAGGCAGGACGUGUGGGCUGGUUCCCUUCCAAUUACGUGCAGGAAGAGAUGGUAGGGGCAGACGACGGAGGGGAGGUUGACACCUCACGGAUAUACCAUACUCAAGGGACCAUGCUAGCUAACGGGAGCAUCAGCGUAGGCGUGCUGGACCUGGUGCAGACCCUCUACCCCUUCAGCUCCGUCACAGAAGAGGAGCUCAACUUUGAGAAGGGCGAGGUCAUGGAGGUGGUGGAGAAGCCAGAGAACGACCCCGAGUGGUGGCGGUGUCGGAACUCGCGCGGCAUGGUGGGGUUGGUACCUAAAAACUAUGUGACGGUACUGGACGAGCGACCCGGCCCUUCGCCGUCGGCGACCCUCUCUCCGCUUAAACGCCACGUGACCACAGCACGCUCAGGGAAGUUCGCAGGGAGGGACUGGUACUACGGCAACGUCACCCGACACCAGGCCGAGCGUAUUCUGAAUGAAAGAGGAGACGACGGCGACUUCCUCAUACGGGACAGCGAGUCGUCGCCCAGUGACUUCUCGGUGUCCCUGAAGGCGGCGGGCAAGAACAAGCACUUUAAAGUGCAGCUGUGCGAUGGCGUCUACUGCAUUGGCCAACGCAGGUUCACGUCCAUGGAGGAGCUGGUGGAGCACUACAAGAAAGCCCCCAUCUUCACCAGUGAGCACGGAGACAGGCUGUAUCUUGUCAAAGCACUGCUGUGAAACACAUCUACAUACACACUGGAUCUCCCUCUAACAAACACAUGCAGACGUGUACAACCGUACUUCUUGACUGUUUUAUGAACGCAAGCCUUAUCUGGACCUCCUCUGGUAGCAGCCAUGUUUACCCACAUCCUUUGUCGCCCUCCAGUGGCCGUCAGCUGAGUCGCCCUCUUAUUUUUGUCCAGCAGGUGCGCACUGAGGCCUUGUCUCCCUCUCCCAGGGGUCUUAAAACUAUCUGUGAUGUCAUGCGUGCCACGUUUAAAUACGACCUAACACCAUCGCUCUUAACUCAAACCCAUCUAAAUUGGUUUAUUUUAUUUUUGUGGGGCGGGUUGAGGAGAGUUUUCAUUAACUUCAUUUAAAUUCCUCUUCAGAGGUGUCCAUUGUUGUGACGACUUCAGUAAGUGACCAGAAUCACUAUCUUGCCUUUUUUCGCACUAUUUGAACAGUUUUCACUUCACUUAAUAGUUACACUAAUGCCACAAAUUGUUUAGUUAGUGAGUGUAAGCAAAUAUAACGGCAACUUUCAGGACAUCGCCGUGUGGACCGCAUCUGUUUGUCAGUGCAUCAAUAUAAACUUCAGACUUUAGUUCUAAUUUACUUGCACUAAUGAAUGCAGUAAUGAGAUGGAACCGAGCAACAAAAAAAUGGACUUUCCAUGGCCGGUCUGUGUGCCAAAUGUUUGUUGUGUCAAAAAACAAACGCUCAAAGGAAGACAAAACAUGAUAAAUAAGGGCAACCUGGCUAACCCUACCAAACACUUUAACUGUUGUUUUCAGUUUGUUUACUGAUUUUUUUUUUUAAUACAUACUCUAUCUGAAUGUUCUCAAGCUUUAUUUAAUUUUUGUCUCCACUGUAUGUAUAUAUUCUCAAUAAGGCAUCAACUAUGGUACUGUAUCACUGACAACGUGAUGAUGACAACUGAAAUGUUCCUGUUCAAUAAAGGUUUUUGAAGAACAUUAAAACCACUUUGAGGUGUCAAUUCUUGCUUUUUAGUUUAACACCGGAUGUGUCGGUGGUAGACGUGCAGAUUACCGGUUUCAAGGUAAUAGGGGUGUGACAAAAUAUCGAA